UUGGAGCGUGAAGAAGAAAUCUUAGCUAGAACGCGAGACAAUGUGCAGUAUUUGUUCAAUAACAUUUGGGAACUCGAUCGUAAAGUAGUGGAGGAUGCUGUUGUUGUGAAGAUGCCUCCAGUUGUAUUUCGAUUGCCGCGUGAAAAGGUGAUCCCUAAGAAGAAAGAGCCUACGAGGUGGGAAUUAUAUGCUCAGGCAAAAGGAAUAAAAAAGAAAAAGAAAAGCUCGAAAGUUUAUGAUAAAGUUGCUAAGGAGUGGAAACCAACAUACGGCUAUAAUCGGGGCAACAAUGAUGAUGAUAAUUGGGUAAUUGAAAUCCCUGACAACAAAGAUCCUAUGAUUGACUACUUUGGUGAGCGAGAGGAAUUAAAAAAAGAAAGGGUGCACAAGAACGAGUUACAAAGAUUAAGGAAUAUUAAACGUCAAACAAGGCGAACAGACGAAAAUAUGCUUGAUGCUUCAAUUCCACUUGGAGUGAGCAAAGAUUUAAAAGACAGGACUAGGCAUGAGUUAGUUAAUCAAAUGAGUAGAGCGCGAGUCUCAACUGCCUCAGUCGGGAAGUUUCAGCCUGCGAUUAAAAAUGAAAAGGUUCCUAAAAAUAAGGGAAUCAAAAGAAAGUUUGAGCCAAAUGAAGCCGGCAUUGUUAAUGAAACUGAAAGAUACAAGGAAGUUUUGGACCAGGUUAUUUCUAAGAAGCCAUUGGUGAAUGAAGGCCAAUUAGCAGCUAACAGUUCAACCAAAAAUCAGCGCAAAUCGAAAAAGUCAACUCAUAAGUCGACUAUUCAUCGUCAGCAGUAUUUCCAAAGCAAGAUAAAACCAAGAAAAUUGGGCAAAAAAAUGGUCAAAAGGAAAAAAUAAAU